UGUUUGACGAUGGCAUUUCUGUGUCAAAAUAAAAAAGAAAAUCUAGGAUGAAAAUAAUAUUAUUAUAGUCUUAGAGGAGAUACAGAAGCAAAGUGUAGUUUUGGAAAAUUUAAUGUUGUGAACCAUUAAAAUAAGGAUUGCAUUUAGUAAUCGCAUGAAGACGUAUUUUUAAGGUUUUGCUUGAAUAAAAACAAAGAAAAUAUAAACAGAAAAAUGGAGGACAGCCAGAAUAUGGAUGAUAUUGAACAAAAUUUUUUAACACAAUUUAGUUCUAUGGUUACGACUGAUAAAGAUGACCUUAUCAAACAGUUUCAAACAAUUGGCGAAAAUUUGAAUUAUUCCACUGCGACAUUUUUCUUGGAUAUGAGUAAUUGGAAUCUUCAGACGGCAGUAGGAUGUUAUUUUGAUUUCAUGGCAUUUUCAAGGCUACCUUCAAUGAGACUCAUCAAUGACCUCACCAUUGGAAAGGAUGAGAAUAUCACUCCUAGUACACCGCUUGGCGGUGGACUCCAGCAAAUUUUUAUGCUUAGGGAUUUGUAGUUUGGAGACAUUGGA